GAACCUCAAAAAUCCAAUGCGGUUCUAGGCCGCGUCAAUGGGAGCCUGGUGCGUGGAGGAAGGGAAGCCCCAGGCCUGAUCUGCCCUGCGUUGGCCAGGCCUCGCCCGGGAAACCCUGUGUCCCGAUCUGGGCGUGACGAUUCAAGAAGGAUAUAUUGACCAGCCGAGAAAGGUGGUCAAAAUGAGCCCUGUGAGGAGUGGUUAAAAGAGCUGGGCCUUGGAGAAAAGAAGUCUGAGAAGGAGACAUGAGAGCCACCUUUGUAGAUUUCGAAGGAAUAUCUGCUCUGGAGACUAGGGCACGGCACAGUGGAUUCAAAUGGUUAAAAAAAGGAGUUCCUCCUAAACAUUAGGAAGAAAUUCUUGAUGGUAAGAGCUGCUCAAGAAAGCAAUACAGUGCCUCGGAGCGUGGAGGCAUCUUCUUCUCUGGUGGUUUUUAUGCGGAGGAUGGAUGGGGGUGCUUUGCUGGCAUGUUCCUGCAGGGCAGAAGGAGGUUGGACUGGAUGGCCCUUGGAGGCUCUUCCAACUCCAUGAUUCUGUGUCCCUCCCAAAUUGUGGGACCUUCCUUCUCCCUUGUCACGUUUCAUUGGGUGCAAUGGUGGCAUCUGAGCUACUUUGAUGGCCCUCCAGGUUGGAGGGGGAAGGUUUGCUGAUGGUAUUUUAUUUUUGCAUCAAGGCAUUCCUGUCAAGUCACAGAGUCUCUUCGCAGAAAUCCUUGGUACAUCCUCCAAUGGUUGUGUAUAAAAUUAUUUUCUCCUCAGGCCUCCAAAUCACAGAACAUUAUAUGCUCUCCCAUGUGUACUCGGUUGGCCAUAUGGGAAUCUCUCAAGAGUGUGCUGGAUCAUUCUGAAGUGGUUUUCUUAGGAGCAUGUUGCUGGAUUUGAGUGGAAUAUACAGAAACUACCAGAGAACAACACAGGACAUAAAACACAGUGAUGAGUCUUGUCUCUUGGAGGUUGCCUUGCCGCUUUCCUAGCCCAUGUUUACUUGGAAAAGAAGUGGUCAGGCAUGGUUGCUCAGGAAGCCAUGGUUUCUCUACUUGGAGUGUAAUCUGUGGAAGCAACUAUGCCUGGAUAUCCCAGAGUUCUGCCGUACUGUUUAUUCCAGGUGGAAAAUAGGAUUCUCUUUGCAACAAACCACAUUUUUGAAAAGAUCAGAGGAAGUCCUGCUUGAGUAAUGAGCAAAGUUCAAUGAUAUGACUGUCUUCAUCUGUUAUAACAGGAAUCUCAAUAUUUGCCUCCUUUUCUUGAGAUAUAGGCAGGAAUAAAAAGCUGGAAGAGUUUAUUAGCCAGGAAUAUUUGUUUUGUGAAUGUAUCACUUCGGACUUUCAAAUAACAUGCAUCAUUUGGGUCAAGCUACACAGAGAACUACUUGUUUCAGCUCGCCCCCAAACCUUGUCAGAGGCUCUAUCUCCAGUGACCAUUUUAUAUAGUUGAUUUCACAGACUUUAUCAGGCCUUUCAAGAAGAAACAGGUCAUUUUUUGCUGUGGGUUGAACUCAGAAUGGCUGUAGUCAUCCGUUUACAGGGGCUUCCUGUUGUUGCGGGUCCUGCAGAUAUUCGCCAUUUGUUCUCAGGAUUGAAUAUUCCUGAUGGAGGUGUAUAUAUCACUGGAGGAGAAAAAGGAGAAGCUUUUGUUAUAUUUGAAACAGAUGAAGAUGCACGGCAAGCAAUGAGUUAUUCGGAGAGGUAUAUAAAAAACUCACGUAUUGGGUGUUUUCUCAGCAGCAAAACAGAAAUGCAGAACGUGAUAGAACUCAAUAGGAAAAGAUUUGAUCACAGUGGAAGAGAAACAAUUGGAUCUAGAUGGACAGAUUCUGGUAACUCUAGUAGUUUUUCGAAUAUAGUUGCAGCCAUGAGUAAAGGAACUGGCAGAUAUGGUUAUGAUUCUGUGGAUCCAUUCGAGGAUAGGCUUUAUUCAAAUGGCUCUGAAAACAACAGUACAGAUCUUUCGAAAUUAAGUUAUAAUCAUCCUAGGAGUAAUUUAAAUAAGAUAACACAUAAUCAAUUCAAGACAUCUAAUUCAGAUAAAUUGUACUUAUUCAUACGUGGUAUGCCUUACACUGCAACAGAAGGUGACAUACUAGCUUUCUUUGAUGGUUUACAAGUGGAUGGUAUAAUCAUGUUAAAAACCAAUGGGGUAAACAAUGGAGAUGGUCUGGUGAAAUUUGCUACACCGACUGAUUGCACGAGAGGGUUGCAGCGUGAUAGACAGUAUAUGCGCAACAGAUUUAUAGAAAUAUAUCGCUCUGAUGAAGGGACAUGGAUUAAGAGCAUGGGGAAAAAAGGAUUACAAAUGCAUCAGGAUUUCAGUGAUGAACAGUUUUCUCAUGAUUUCAAUAAAGAAAGACGCCCAGACUUCCAAUCCUCAAGAAUGCAUACCCGUUCAAAGUCUCCUCCAAGGAGGGUUGUGGCACAUACCCAUUCAAGAUCCCCUCCUAAGAGGAUUGCGGCACGUACCGUUUCGAGGUCUCCCCCAAGAAGUGUUAUGACACACAGCCAUUCAAGGUCUAUAUCAAGGAGGGCUGUGGCACGCACUCAUUCAAGGUCUCCACCAAGGAGGAUUACAGCACGCUCUCGUUCACCUUUAUCUGGUUCAAGCCGGUCUCCUUCACCUCAUAAUGGGGAACAUUAUAUACAUGUCAAAAAAUUGCCAUUUCCUAUUGAAAAGAGAGAAUUGAGAGCAUUCUUUGAAGACCUAGAUAUACCUGACAGUCAUAUUACAUUCCUUAAGAUACCUGACAAUAGACCAAACAAAGAUGCAGUUGUGAUGUUCAGAUCAAUGAGAGACUAUUAUUCUGCACUAGGUUAUCACAAGUACCCUCUUCGUGGGCAAGAAAUUUUACUUUUCCCCAUUUCUAAAGAAGCAGUGAUGCAGCUUGCUGGAUUUUCUGAAAAUGAAAAAUCCCCAGAAAGAUAUCACAUUGCAAACGAGAAAGGUGACUGGGAUAGAUAUUCUGAUCCAAAGACAUGUGUGUAUGUUAGAAACUUUCCAUAUGAUGUGACAAAACGUGAAGUCCGCACGUUUUUUGCAGGAUUUAAUAUUAGCAAUUAUGACAUUCAUUUGCUUUACGAUGACAAAGGAAUUGGACUGGGAGAAACACUGGUCAAGUUCAGAACUGAAGAUGAUGCUCGGAAAGCUGAAAGCUUAAAUCGCCGUCGGUUUUUGGGGACAGAGGUGCUUUUGAGAUGUAUAUCUGAGAAGCAAAUGAAAGAGUUUGGUGUUAAUGUUCCACCAGUGUCAGAUGGAAAGAUGCAGGAUCAUAUCCGUUCAUAUGAAAGAGGUCAACAAGGGAACCAAAAGCAUCCAUCUGAUUAUAGACAUCCACCUAGUGAUCUUAUCAGCACAUCUGAUAAUUUUAAAGAUUCUGCUCCAUUUACAGAGUUUGGUGAAGGUGCUCGUGGAAAUUUUCCAGGUGGACGCUUCAUGUCAGAUUCUAAUGUCAGUGGUAGUUCAAAUUGCUUCACUCUGAUUAAAUUAAAGAAUAUACCAUUUCAAGCAACACCAAAUGAAAUUCUGGACUUUUUUCAUGGGUAUAAGAUUAUUCCAGAAUCUCUUUCAAUCCAGCACAACCAAUAUGGACUGCCUUCUGGUGAAGCUGUUAUCGCCCUAGUAAAUUAUAAUGAAGCCAUGGCAGUUGUUAAUGAAUUAAAUGAUAGGCCACUCGGCCAACGCAAAAUUAGAUUAACUUUGGUAUAGAUAAAAAGAUGGCUUGAAAAUAUUUGCAUUGUUAAUGUUGAGAAAUGACAUUUUCAAGUAGAAGUUUACUAUUUGUAAAUACUUUUGACUGGUUUUAAAAUUUAGGCCACUAUUGUGUGGGAUUUUAUUAGACACUACUGGAUCACCUUGGUAGUUCAUGAAAACAUGACUUUGAAAGUAUUUUGUUUUUUAUCCCAUAACCCCAUGCAGAUGUCUAAUUUGUCUUUAUUAAUUCAAUAUAGCUGCACUUAGAGCUAGAAAUUAUGUUCUUCUGUGUAUGUUAACAAGAAGACCCACCGUUUUUCUUGAAUUCUUGUCCAUUAUUAUGUUCAGUGGUAUUUUGAGUAUCUUUUUCAUGCUGGUUCAGCAUUUCUUUUAAAAUAAAAAUAUAUCUAUUGAAAAUUGUGCUUAUUUUUAUUUGGUACAGUCUGGACACUUAAGAACUUACCUUGCUUAAUAAUGUGUACCUUGCUUAAUAAUGUGUUAUUAAGAUGUUAUGUAAUGUAUGUGUGAUUUUUAUGAUUGGAAACCGCCCUGAGUCCCGGGAGAUAGGGCAGUAUAUAAAUAAAGUUUUAUUAUUAUUUUACUAUUAUUAAGUUAGGGCUGCAUUUUGACAAUGAAUAUAUCCCAUGUUUACCUUUGUAGCACUUGCAGAAUAUACUUAAUAGAGGAAAUACAGUGUAAGAUAACAUAGGAGGAUUUCUUUUGCAUUGUGUAGCUCUUCUGUGCACUUCAAGCCCAUAGAGUAGCGGAUGACCUGAAACAGGUUUACAAAAUGUUGUUGCUUUGAGGAAAAAAAAAUGAGUGCUUUUAAAAAUCACGAUGGAAUAAUAGUUCAGAACAGUUAUAGGAAGGAUUUAUGGAGAAACAAGUAUAAUUUUUCAGAUUAUAAAAAAAACCUGGUUUACUCAUGAAUUUUAACUGGUUAACCAAAUCCCCAUGCUAAGUCUAUGAGACGCAAAACAUUAAGAGUCCCUCCAGGCACUAUCUCAAGCAGAUAUUGACAGGUUUGUAGCCGGGGGUGGGGGUGUGUGCUAGGGGUUCAACCCCCCCCCCUGAAAUUUUCAAAACCCCUCCCAAAUUUUUUUAAUGGCUACGGCCCUGCAUAGAAGUAUACAAAAUACAUGAACCUGGGGCCUGUGUGAAAUUCAGAUUUUCUUUCAAUAGAUUCAAUAGCACAGUAUCUUUGUAUUGGUAAGCCUAACUGGUUUUUAAGAAAAGCUUAUCGAAACCUUCUUAGACUAUCCUUUCCUGUCCAGCCUGUCUGUUCCAAGACAUUAUUUCAAAAUGUUUGUACCUUUUUACAUAGGAAGAUGAAAAAAAAUACUUAUAUAUGGUAUAGCUUUUCAAAGGAGUUAGUUUUCUCAGUAUAUUUACAGUUUCAGAUUUGUUGAGAUGACUGGUUACGUAGGUUAUUUUAUAAGAUAUCCAAGCAUAUUUCUAUGCCUUUAUCUGUGGAUAUUCUAGAAUUUGUGGAAGUAACAGGUUGUUGAAUGUGUGCUUCUUAAAUUAACUAUUGUUUAUUUAUUUAAUAUUUACUAUAUUUAUACCCUGCUCUUAAUCCCAAAGGGAACUCAGUGUGGCUUACAGAGUAUGGCAAAGUUCAAUGCCACAUUAUACAACAAAUAUAUCAAAUUAUAAAACAAUUAAAACAUAUAAAUGCAAUAAACCAGAUUGCUGACCUUGGGAUGCUGAAAUGUAGGCUGGUCUAAAUCGAGUUCGGCAGCACCAAGCAGCCGGAGUGAGUGCCCAGAAGCUGAGUUAGGUGCAGCAAGGGAAACAAACGCUGCCCCUUCCCCCAAAGCCCCUGGUCAUGGUACCUUCACUUCUUGCUUUUGUCUGAGGCCCCGCGGGAGUGGUUCUUUUUAUGCUCCAGCCUUUGGGCUCCAGCCUCUUGAUUGCCAUGAUAUAAAAAUACAGUAAAAUGGCAAGAUACUAAUAACACACCAGUGAAGUUUUUCAUUUGGUUCAACAGCAGCAAUCCACAAAUUUGUAUCCCUGUCACUUCAGUUACACUUUUAGGUAUUCAGCAUUACUGAUGCAAUUUUAAAACAACAAAGUUGAGGGUAACUAAACUAGGAUUUUUCUGCCUUACCCUUGUAAACUGUUUGAAAAGAAGAACCACUCCUUGAUCUGUUGCAUCUUGCUGUUAAAUGACAUCUUUUGUGAAGUAGGCUCUUGUCUGCAAAUGUUUAUGUGAAAAAUAAAUGAUUACUCUUUAGUUGCCA